AUGACAGCACUUGGAGAAGUAUCGUCAGACGUGCGUGUGUUGCUUAUAUCGGUGUUUCUUCGUCGAGGAAGCUUUGGGCUUACAAACCAGGUGCUUACGCUUUUUCUUAAAGCUGUGGGGGUUUCAAAGUCCCAUAUUGGGCUUUUUAUGACGCUUACGCUUCUUGGAGAUACCGGUAUUUCGUAUGUGCUCACAUGGUACUCAGAUCAGCUUGGGCGCCGUUUGGUGAUGGUAGCAGGAGCUGUGUUGAUGCUUGUUUCUGGUUUUGUGUUUGCGUGGUCGCUGAAUUUCUGGGUGCUUUUGACAGCUGCCAUUUUGGGUGUGAUUUCGACAUCUGGCGACGAAACUGGUCCGUUUAAGACGGUCGAGGAGGUUUGUAUUUCUCAUUUGACGCCUCCAAAACACCGUGCUUCUAUUUUUGCUCUUUACGGGUUCUUGGGGAGACUUGGUGCUGCUUCUGGAGCACUUAUGUGUGGAUUCCUUGUUGAUUACUGGAACUAUGCUCUUGACUGGGACUUGGAAAAGUGCUAUAGGGCCAUUUUCGUUGUUUAUUCUGCGAUUGCGCUUAUCAAGCUUGUUCUUGCUGUUUGUUUGAGUAAGAACUGUGAACUUCACGAGUACUUGGGCGACGAUUCAGGCCCUGAAGUGACAGAACUGGAAACUGAAGAGUCACAGUUACUUGACGAAAACGAAGGCCCUAAAAGCGGGUUCAGUCCUCAAACAAAACGACUCUUACCCAGACUUCUCGUCGUGUUCAUGCUUGAUUCCUUGGGAUACGGGUUCAUGCCGCCAGCGUGGAUUGUCUUUUACUUUAAGAAAACGUUCCAUCCAGCUGCUUCUGCAUUGGGAACUUUGUUCUUCUUUACCAACAUGGUCGACUCCCUUUCGUCAAUUGCAUCUGCAGUAACAUUCAACUUGCUUGGUCCAGUCAAAGCAAUUCUAGCUGCCCAGCUUCCAUCUGCUGUGUUUUUCUUCAGCAUCACUUUCUGCAAGUCUUACCUUCUUGCAGCUACCUUCUACUUCUUGUUCUGUGCUACAGGCACAAUGGACGUUGUUCCAAGACAAGUGCUUCUCACGUCGAUUAUCCCCAAAGCAGAUCUUCUUAGGGUAAUGGGAACGGUGAAUAUUGCAAAGACGUUUGCCAAUUGUAUUGGUCCAUUCUUUACAGGCCAUUUGGCAGAGCACGGGUUGCUCCAUCUUGGUUUUGUAAUCAACGGUAUUUGUCUUGUGGUGGCAGACACAAUUCUUGGCUUCAGCUUUGCCCAUCUCGAUAACGACGUUUUGGCCAAGCACCGUUAA